GGCUACGCUGAAUUCCAAUUCCUCUACACCAACAUCACCGACACUGGCGAGUAUUUCUGCGUCGCCAAGACCGCAAACGGCUCUGCUCAAUCCACCAGUUGCAAUUUAACGGUUCUGUCGGAGGACAAUGUGGUCACGGACUCACAGCUGCCAGAUGAGUCGAUGAUCAUGAAUCUAGCGGCUAUGGAGAACCAAUUGGCUAUGAACGGGACGUCUAGGCGUGAAGAAGAGGUGAAGUUUACAUCGCCUCCUCAAUUCCUCCGCCCACUGAUCCCGCAAGUUGGCUUGAAGGAGAACGAACGUGCCAAGUUCGAGACGUUUGUGCAGCCCGCCAAUGACCCUAGUCUCACUGUUGACUGGUUCAAAGAUGGGGAGCCACUCAAGACAGGUAUCCUCUUCUUUGCCUCGUGA